AUUUGUAACGACAACAUGUUCAAGUUAGUGGCUUUGUGUGCUCUCGUGGCUGUGGCUUCUGCCUCGCCUGAUACGAUUAUCAGCUCGCCCCUGGCCUAUUCGUACUCGGCUGGUUUGUCGCCUGCAGUGACGUACUCCAGCCCUGUGUACUCGGCGACAACAAGGCUGAAUACCGUCUUCAGACCGCCUUAUUUAACACCCGCUCCGUUCCCAGCUGACUACGGCUUCGCUCACCUCAUCAAGAAGCGCUCUGCUCCUCUGCUCAGCACCUUCUACAGCGGGAAUCCUUUGACGACCACCUACUCCGCUUCAGUUCCGCUUAGCUACAGUAACAGCUACCCCCUAUACAGUACUCCAUUCGCCACCACCUACAGCUCACCCCUCGUGCACUCUUCUGCAAUCUAUCCAACUGCUCACCUCAUCAAGAAACGCGAUGUUGGACUUGUCGUGCCCUCCACUUAUUCUUAUACUGGAAACCCCUACAUCGCACCUACCAGCUACUCGUACGGGACAUCCGUACCCUACAUCCCAUCCCCCUACUUCUCCACGGGACCUCUGGCCUACACUCAGUUCAUCAAGAAGUGAAGCAACAACCAGAAAAUGAUACCACGUGCCUAAAGCGUCAUUGAAACACCGACGCAAAUUAAUCUUCUCGAGGAUAACUUGCCAUAAAGCAAUUUUCAAGUUGGUGUCAAAUAAAUAAAAUUAAUAACUAAA